AUGAUUGUAUGUGUAUGGUGGAUUGGCAGAGACUUGGCCCUCCGACUCUCUGAAUAUAAAGGAACCGUGAUAGCUUUGUCGAAGACGCAAAAGUAUUUGGAUACCUUGAAGAAGCAGGACCUGAGAAUUGAAACUGUAUGUGUGAAUCUGAGAAAUUGGGAAGAAACCAAGAAGGCGGUAGAGAGUGUUCUUCCAAUUGAUCUGCUGGUUAACAAUGCAGGGGUUGCUGUUCUGAAACCUUUUUUGGAGUUGACCCCAGAGGACUACGAUCUCAUUUUCGACGUGAAUGUCAAGGCAGUGAUGAAUAUCUCUCAGGUCGUAGCCAAAGAUCUGAUAAAGAGAAAAGUAGGCGGGUGUAUUGUCAACUUGUCCUCCCAGGCAGCCGAAGCAGCCCUCUGGGAUCAUUCUGUUUAUUGUGCCUCCAAAGGUGCUCUCCAAAUGUUCACCAGAACAAUGGCUCUUGAACUUGGACAGCAUAAUAUUAGAGUGAACUCUGUAAAUCCGACAGUUGUGAUGACAGAAAUGGGAAAACUUGGUUGGGAUGAUCCAAAAAAAGCUCAUGAAAUGAUAAGUAAAAUUCCUCUUGGUCGCUUUGCUGAAGUUGCCGAAGUAGUGGAUGCUGUAGUAUUUAUGCUAAGCGACCGCAGUUCAAUGAUCAGCGGAGCUGCCUUGCCAGUCGAUGGAGGAUUCCUCGCCACGUAA